AUGUGCAAGAGCCGGUUUACAAAGAGUAGCAUGAAGGGCUAUCCUUUGGAAGAUAUAUAUGCUGCACUUGGACACACAAAGGUUAUUAACAGUGUGUUGGUGCCAACUGUGGGUGAGGAAAUCAUGCUGGCUCGUAUAAUUGAUGAGGAGCGAGAGUAUCAUUGUGAGGGAAGCACAAGUGAUACUUGGAACCACUGGCUAAAUGUGAAGCAGAAGAAGAUAUUUUGGAAAGAGCUAUACGACUUAGAUGUUGCUGCACGAGUGUUUAAGAAGAAGAAGGACAAAGAAAAGGUGACGUUUUUAGAAGAUUCGUCUUCUAAAUCUGGGUUGGAGAGCUUGAAAGCUCUGGAAGAAAAGAUUUUGGGGGCCAUGAGUGAAGGGUUUUCUGGUCUUAAAUCAGUGGUGGAGGCAAAGCUGGGUGAUAUGGAUGUGAGGAUGAGUAAAUUUGAAAAGAACCAGCGACAACUUAAAAGAAGGGCUAAGAAAAUAGAAGAAAAGCUGACUUCUAUUGAGAGCAACAAAAAUGAGGAGAGGAACUAUGGUGAAGAUAUGGAUUUUGGAUGGGAUGAUAGAGAUUAUGGUAGAGCUGAAGGGAAGGAAAACAGUGAGAAGGCUAAGGAAGACAAGGAAAACAGUGAGUCUGGCGAGGAAAAGGAUGUGGUCUCGGGUGGGGAAAACAGUAAGGAUGGUGAGAAAGACAAGGGAAACGUGGAGGAAGAAGAAGAGAAGGAGAACGAGGCUGAUAAAACAGAGCUGGGAACUAGAGAAAAAGAUGAGGUCUCUGAAGAAGAUUACGAUACUGAGGAAGAGGCUGAGAAGAGGAGAGUAGAGGCGGAUGCGUUAUGGAAGAGUAUUCUUUCUGAAGAGACUGAGUAUCUAGAGAAAGAGGCUGAGAAAGUUGCCAAGGGAACUCCUACACCACCACGUGGUAGACCGAAGAGAUUGGCCGCGAGAAAUAUAGUACUUACACCACCAGAGGAGUUUUUAAGAGGACCAACGGUAAGUGCGCCAUCACCUAUCGAGACUGAAAAAGAGGCUGAGACAGUUGUCGAGGAAGAGGGUGAGGAGAUGGCAGUUGAAGCCGAAGAAAGUGACGAGGAGAGUCUCACAGAAAAAAAAUGCUGAAGAAAUGGUGGAGG